GCACACUGGAGGCCACUUUAAUUCCACUGAAUUGUUGUGAGUGUAUAAGCAGCGAGCCAUGCCUACCGUCGUCUUGAUGGACGUGUCUCUGUCCAUGACACGGCCGGUGUCCCUGGAUGGCAGCGAGGAGUUUCAGAGGAAGAACCUGGCUGUGCACGGACUCAACAUGUUGUUUGAACACAUGGCCUCCAACUACCGUCUGGAGUUCACGGCUCUGAUGGCCUUCUCUUCCCUCUGGGAGCUGCUGGUGCCGUUCACCAGAGAUUACAAUGCACUACAGGAGGCUCUGGGCAGCCUGGAGGACUACGACAAGACCUGCGUUGAAUCGGCUCUUCAAGGCGUUAGUAACGUCGUCCAGCAGGAGUGGGGCAGUGCCUGUCCCUGCCAGUUGAUGCUGAUUACUGACGGAUCUCUUGGUAUUGGAAAGGGUUCUCUACGGCACGCUCUCCAAACACUGAAGCACCGUGCGGAUGAUAAGAAGUUCCCACUUCCUUUCCCUUUCCCCACCAAACUGUACAUCAUGUGUGUGGCUAAUGCAGAGGAGUUACAGAUGACUGAUGCUAUGGACAACCUGGAGGAACUCCUUCGCCUCAGUGGGGGGGAUGGACAGAUCUUCACUGUGGAGGGACCACUUUGCAUGAAGAGUGUACAGGCCAUGUUCGGGAGGCUGAUUGAUUAUGCAUACUCUCCUUUCCAUGCGGUCCUGCACUGUGGGAACCUGUCGUCAGAUGUUCAGGUGUUCCCCCGACCUGAGCCUAUUGUGGUGGAUGAUGAGGUGGAGCCCAUGCCACGAGCAGUCAAUACAGAUUUGGAAAUUGUCGGCUUCAUCGAAAUUGCUGAUAUUGCCAGUCCCCCUGUUAUAUCCAGACACUUGGUUCUGCCUUUUGCUGUAAACAAAGAAGUGGACGAAGUUGGCACAGGAGCCACAGAUGAGCUUGAGGAGGAACCCUCUGCCAGUCAGAUGGCAGGAAAAAGCCCCAAUUUUUGUGUCCUUUUACACGGCAGUCUGAAAGUUGAGGGAAUGGUGGCGCUGGUCCAGCUGGGGCCAGAGUGGUAUGGUAUGCUGUAUUCUCAAGCAGACAGUAAGAAGAAAUCCAAUCUGAUGAUGUCUCUGUUUGAGCCUGGUUCAGAGCCCCUGCCCUGGCUGGGCAAGAUCUCAUAUUUGGGACCAAUCUCAGAGGCUCCUGAAAAUCCCUAUGGAGAGGAUGAUAAAAGUCCCUUUCCCGUGCAGCCGUCGGCCAAAAGAAGCUACGCCCAGAACGUUACUGUGUGGAUAAAGGCCAGUGGACUACAGACUGAUGUGCAGAAGAUUCUGAGGAAUGCAAGAAAAUUACCAGAUAAAACUCAAACCUUCUAUAAGGAGCUGAACCGCCUGCGGAAGGCUGCCCUGGCGUUCGGUUUCUGGGAGCUCCUGAAGGGAGUGGCUGAUCUGCUGGAGAGAGAGUGCACUAUGUUGCCCGACUCGGCCCAUCCCGACGCUGCCUUCCAGCUCUCCCACGCCGCACAGCAGCUCAAACUGGCGAGCACUGGGGAUUCCCAGUACGCUGCUUUUGAUCAGAAUAUCGCCCCCAUGCACACAGACUUCUCCAGCUAAAUCAAAUGUGACUUGGUGAUGACGGACUACGAUACAGCAGCUUCACCCUGUGUGGACCACGAGGAGACCACACCUGCUGCACGCUGGUUGUUGGAAACGAGUCCUGAUGGAUUACAGAAACUCUGAACAUGGCAAAAAUGUAGAUAAUGAUGUAUUUGUAAAAACGUUUGCGUGUACAUACUUUUUUUUUACAUGUUAGUUUGUAGGAUCUUUUUCACAAAUUAACAAGAUACAAAUUUCAAUUUUAUUCAGUGUGGAAUAACUGCCACAGUUACAGGAAACCUGAGACGUGACUGUUAAUGUUUGCUUUUCUAAAUUUCACGUGAUCAGCAGAAUUAGGAAGUUAUACAAAUAAGAAUUCUUCAUAGCAAGUCAGCAUUGAGCAAAAGGGACACAUGACUGUUUCUGUAUUAAAAGUCACCAGUGUACUUUUUCCCUGAGGUUUGUGGGAUGGAUCAGAAAUCUGGAAUAAUGACAUAUACAAUA